AUGGCUCCCUUCUCAUUCCUCAGAACCAGGAGGAAGCGAAGCCAACCACAGACCGACGAUCGUGAUCCGGCUUCGUCCAGCCUCGAUCAUGUAUCUGAGCCGACGGACAAGCUGCAACGGAGACAGUCGAAGCGUGACUUCCUCCGGACUUUGGUCAAGAAGCCCGUUGGCGCGCCUGAAUCGAGACCAGGUUGGUGGCGGAACAGUAACAGUCACUCCAUGAAACCCGAUCCUUACCAACUACAACCCCCACGAUCGCUGGACAAUACCAACCCUUCUAGCCCUAUGUCUGGCACGAACAAGCCAUUACCACCCCCUCCCCCGCCGGGUCCGCAUGAAGCAACCGAGUCUCCCCCGAAGCCUGUGGUGAAGCUCGCAAGAAUAAUCGCACCUAUUGCUCCUCCAGACUUGCAUAAACUCUUUUCUGGAGCACCGCAGUUCUAUGCUCGCUCCGAGGGUCACCACACUGGAGCCCCCCAUCCUUCCGUCGCAUUCCCGUGGAAUACCGACGUGGACACCAGAGACCUGCGUGAUCAUAUCCGAAUACAAGAUGAGGCCUGGGGAUGUGUGACCGCAUGGCCGCACAUAACGGUUCAGAAGAGUCGAGAUCCGGAAGCUACGAAGGAACAUCAUAGGAAGCAAAGGGCGCAUUUUCUUCCGCGAUGUCGUGAACGGCCAAACAUGCUUAGUAUGCAAGGGAUUGAGAGAGGGACGGUGGGUUACGCAGCCGCCUUGGAGAUGGGGGUAGCAGAUGCACUUCGCAUACCCCCGGAUGAUCCAGAGGAGAGUCCAAAUGCCAUCCUGGACCAUAGAAAGGAUUUCCUCAAUACUAAAGAGGGGCUGCGGCCUUUAACAGACUCGACGCUCAUUGAUAGACUUAUAAGUGCUAGCACCGCGUAUCACGAUGAUCCUAUGAAGCACCAACGGCCCACGAUUGAGUUGUACACAGACCUUUUCACGCAAAUUCUUUAUCCGCCUUCAAGAGUUACCGAUUCGCAGGAUCCGUACAGUCUCCAAGUACAGAUUGAGGUUUUAAUUGAUGUUCUAGCCGCUCCUUACGUCUGGAUAGACUUUGGUCUAGUAGAAUAUAGGAUCCGUCUCGGUCAAAUUCUUUGGGGACACCCCGAGUCGGAUCUAGGAGAAGACAGUCCUGUCAAUAGUGAAGUAAUGCAUGAAUCCGGCACGCAAAAAUACUGGCUAUUACUUCAGAUAUUAUUAGCCAGCGAGCUUUUGCUACGACUCGAUGCUCUUUCAAUGAACAUGGAUAAGGGUCUUGAAGCUCCCAAGCUCGAUGAGCUUCGCCGAUUCGACAAAUCCGCUACGAUGAGCGUGCGGUGGUCAAUAAUUCUUGCACGCCAGUGGCUCGAGAAUAUAAAGAUUGAGAGGAAGGACUCGGACGCUGAGAUCGAAAAGAAAACGCCGCCGGGAUGGCUAGCAAGCUUGACUGGCCGAGUUGGUAGCACCUCUGAACCCGUGGGAAUUGUUGAUCAUCCCAAAUUCGAAGGCCGGAAUCAGACCCGCCAACUGGCAGGGCUUGUUCAUUUUGCCUCCAAGUUAAGAUGGCCCAAUAUGGAGACACUAGCUGCUAAGGUUUCAGCAAAUGACAUCGAAAUCCCUGAUAGUGCGCGGAGUACACCAGCAAUGGACACGCCUUUAUCUGUAUCAACGCAACAGUCUACGUCCUAUUUUUCGAGUAGGCGACCUGAAGGCCGUUGGGGUUCAUCGAUGCAAAAGAAUGCAACAGCGCUGCUCCGGCCGUCUGGGUGGCUUUCCUCCUCCUAUAUUAAUGGGCUGAUCUUGCCUGGCGAAGGACUGAGCCAUUUCCUUAUGUCUACCUUAUUGGAAAACGACGAGGUGGCUGUAUCUAUACUCGGUGAUGAAGCAAACCUAUAUGGCGGAUUUAUAUAUUGUGGGAGAAGCUUUUGGAGCACCGCGUGUAUUGUUGGUCGAGUAGUAGCUGCAAGUGAAGGGGGACGCGAGUGCAUGGGCUGGAUAUCCUCGGAGGUUGUCCCUCGUGGUUCCAGUGAGGGAUGGGUUGAUAUUGACGUUGAGGUACCUCUCGAACAUGAUUCAGACAUCCACAAUGGAGUGCCGCGGAUCUGGCACAAAAUAGCUAUCGAGACCAGUGGUAGCGUAGUAGGUGGCGCUGAUGCCUCUUCUGUAUUACCAGGAGACUUUGUUUCUCCGUCUGACGAUGCACUGCAAAAGUCGUUCUCUGUCACCUUUGAGUCCCUUAAUUUGUUCUCAGAAGCUGACUCAGAAACCGAUUCAACCCAAGAUCCAACACCACCUACAGGUACAGAAGUUGCCACCUCAACGAAGAUAAAAACAUAUUCAGCGAUGAUGCGCUUUAUCGUCGCCACGGAUGUAGAAGAGAAAAGAGAGGUAAACCUGGCGUUGUCGCAUGAUGUGCAGUUCGUCACUGCACACCCCUGCGUUGCGUCUCCUUACACAGAUAUUCUCAAAACGCCGACAAGCCCAUUGUUUCGAACCUUGGAGCAGGGAUCUAUUAAGUCUUCAUCUGUUUCCAGCAACCACCCAUUACACAAAGCGUUCACCUAUACCCGAAUCCACAUCCUCGACCUCCUCUCGACCUCCUCUUCUACUUCCUUCAACUACCUCCUAUUAUCAGCCCAAAUAACAGACCCAACACUAUCAAGCACCCACACAACCUCCAGCACAAUCCCCAAAGUUCUCGUGGUCGAUUGCACAGACUCAGCAACCGCAGACCUCCCCCCACCAGGCGUUGGCCACAAACGCAGAUCCGGAAGCGACAUUGAAAUGAUGGCUCGAGCUUUAUGUGCAGAGCGCGGUUGGAAUGCGCUUGUUAGUCGGAGGGGAAGAAGUUGUUUGGCUUGUGCUAUUAGGGAGGCGGGUGCUUUGGGCUGGAGAGUUAUUCUGAGAUUAUGCUGA